ACGAAUUCCCAAUUGUUUGUGGUGUCACUCUCUUCUCUAGAGUCUAGACUCUACGACUACGACUACGACACCUUUCUUCAUUCAGCCGCCAAGCGAAGGCGGUCCGCGGUCCUCUACUCUGUACGGAUGACUCGCCAAACACCACGUGCCACCCUUCACUCCACGUCAUCGAUUCUCUCUCUCUCUCUCACAUUAACAACCACCACCGCCAUAUAUCCCAACCCCAUUUUAUACCUGUAACUCCACACACACACACUCUCUCUCUUAAAAAUGGCAAACCAAUACUUGAAGCGUAUCUUCCAUAACAAUCAUUAUACCAAAAAAUUGCUGAAGGGACAGGGAACUUGUCAGAGUUAUGUGUAUGGUAUUCUUAAUCGGUUUCAGUGGCAACGGUCAAAAGCAGAUAAAGCAGAAGCAGAUUUACUAAAAGAAGCUACGGAUGCAUCUCAAGUUUCUUUGAGGUCUAAAGUUGAGAAGAUGGAAGAUGAUUCUAGGCUCAGCAAAUACAGUUCUGAUGAGGAAGAUUUCACUGAUGGAAAGUGGAAGUUAGAACUUGCUUGGCUCACAAAAGCCCUUGAACCAGCCCUGCAAUUGUGUAGGUGGGCUCUGCCAACAGGAGAUGGAAUCGGAAACAAAUCCUUACCCAGUAGUCGAUCUGUUUCAGAAAUCAUUGCAAGCAUUCAACGGAGUAAGAUUGGGAUUGAGGAUUGGAGCUUGAGUGACCUUACCAUUGGCUUGUAUCUUAUUUAUCUCCGUCAAGUAGCUACAAAACCAUUUGAAGAUGUUAAGGGUGUUCAGAUAUCAUCAGAUUCAAUAGUGCAUGAUCUCAUCUACCACCUAGAGUUAGCGAAAGGUUCUUAUAAGGAUAGUCCUGCUAUGCUUGCAAGGAACAGCAUGCUUCGAGAAAGCAAUGUUUUGAAGUUUGUAAAAAGUUCCAGUGUGAUGAGGCCUGGAUAUUAUAUUGGGAUUGAUAAUCGUAGGAAACUAGUGAUUCUUGGAAUUCGUGGAACUCAGACUGUCUAUGACCUUAUCACUGAUAUUGUUUCCUCAAGUGAUGGAGAAAUGACAUUUGAAGGUUAUUCCACUCACUUUGGCACUGCUGAAGCUGCUCGUUGGUUUCUCUUUCAUGAGAUGGGAACCAUUAGGAACUGCUUGGAGAAAUAUGAGGGAUAUAGGUUAAGGCUUGUGGGUCAUUCUCUCGGAGGUGCCACAGCUUCUUUAUUAGCAAUAAUGCUUCGCAGAAAGUCAUACAUGGAACUCGGAUUUAGCCCUGAUAUUGUUUCUGCUGUUGGAUAUGCAACUCCACCUUGUGUUUCCAGAGAACUUGCAGAAAACUGUUCUGAUUUUGUUACAACUGUUGUCAUGCAGGAUGAUAUUGUACCUAGGUUAAGUGCAGCUUCUCUAACAAGGCUGAGGAACGAAAUCCUUCAAACUGAUUGGAUGAGUGUGAUUGAGAAGGAAGACUGGAAAAAUGUAAUAGGUCUGGUUACAAAUGCAAAGCAAGUUGUGUCUUCAGUGCAAGAUGUAGCUCGAAAGCUUGCUGAUUAUGCAAUAUUCAGUAACAAUGACACUUCCUCUGAAAGUUCAUUUACAAAGGAGUCAACUACUGCCACUGUAUUACCUAUUACCUCCAACACAGCAAAAGAGAAUGCUGUUGUCAUUGAAAAGGAAGGAGCUGUCUCUGCAGUGCCUGAGGAGUUAUUUGUACCAGGAACUCUUUUCUAUCUAAAGAGGAAUACGGACACUGAGGCUGGCAGAGGCGGGGAGUAUUUCACACUUUUGAAGAGGCAUCCAGGGGAACAUUUCCAGAGGAUAGUGCUCUCAAACAACUUAAUUUCAAACCACAAGUGUGAUAGCCAUUUAUAUGCUUUAAGAGAUGUACUCAAAGGCUUCCCAGGACCCAAGGACGAAGCUAUUUUCAGAUGAAUGAAAGCUUAAUGUUUUAUGAUGAGUAGUGUUAUACAAACAUAUCAUACUACGUUCUCCAAAUACACGGGGUUGGAUCCAAGAUGCAGACUCGUGAAAUCUUUGCCUCUAUGUUUGUAUGAAAAUUUUGUCCAAAGAGCUUGUUUGUUGUGUUAUUUUUUAUUUUUUACUCCGGUAGUCUUCUGUAAUGUAUUAAUAAAUGUUAUUAUGGUUUUCUGUAAUUUGACAGAUUUUUAGGGGGAAAUAAUGUCAAUCUUUAGCGAUUAAGCUUCAUCA